AUGCUGUUAAUAGAAACACAAACAAACAACGAAGAACAGAAUGGUAAUAGUAAUAGUAAUGGUAAAGCAUUGGUAUCAUCUACUAAAGAAUUGAAAAUUAAAGAACCAAGUUUCUAUGGUGUUUUAAAUAAACCAAAUAUUGAAUUUGUCUAUUUUGGAAAUUAUAAAAUAUCACCAUGGUAUGGAAAUGCUGCUUAUUUUUAUCCACAAGAUUUAUCUCAUAAUUUAUUAGGUUAUGAAUAUGCAAAUAAAGUAGCAUUGGAUCCAUUAGCUAGAAAAAGAAACAAAGAAACAGAUAAUCAAGAAAUCAACACCAAUGUAAUAUGGUUAGAAAACUUAUUCGUAUGUCCAUUUUGUUUCAAGUAUACUGCUAAUCAACAUGAAGGCAAUCAACAUCAAGUACUAUGUAAAUGUAACAAAUACAGACCAAAUAUUGGAAAAUUGGUAUAUUAUGACUCAACUUCAAAUUAUAUAAUAAGAGAAAUAAGAGGUUUUCAACAUCCUUUAUAUUGUCAGAAUUUAUGUCUAUUUGGCAAGUUAUUCCUUGAUGAUAAAUCCAUAUAUUACAACAUUGAUCAUUUCAACUUUUAUGUCAUUUAUGGAAUGGAAUCAGAUAAGUAUAUUCCAAUGGGUUUCUUUUCAAAGGAGAUGUUAUCAUACGAUGUUGAGAAUAAUUUAGCAUGUAUUUGUAUUUUCCCACCAUUUCAACGAAAGAAAUUAGGUACUUUAUUAAUUGAAUUCUCAUAUGAGUUGGCUAAAUUUACACCAGGGCAAUAUCGAUCAAGUGGGCCUGAAUUCCCGUUGAGCCCAUUUGGACAAAUUAGUUAUCUAAGUUAUUGGAGUAAGAAGAUAGCUAAUGUGAUAUAUAAAAUGAAGAACAAGAAACUGAUUACGGUUGCUGAGGUGAUGAAAUACACUGGGUUUAGAAAAGAGGAUGUAUUAUUAACUUUAGAAAAUAUGAAAAUUUUAGUUCAGGAAGAUUUGGAUAGUUCUGUAUUAUUGUCUAUUAAAAAUUUUGAAAAUUGGUGUCAAUUGAACAAUCUUGAUCCUUCAAUUGAGGUGAAGUAUUUAAAUGAAGAAUGCAUUUUAAUAUAA